ACCCACAUUACGCCCCAAGCUCCCUCCCAGGACCACUGCCGAGCUGAGCUCCCCUUUCAGUUAGUCGCCGGUUUCCUUGGGAGCUGUCAGAACUGACCAAAUCUCCUUGGACUGAGAAAGAGCCAAGGGAAGGCCUGAGGUUAGGAUUCAGCCAGGAGCUCAACUUUUUCCCCUAUACUGGUUUGAGAGGAACCCGAGACGGUGAAAUUCCAGCCAGCGUGAUGGAUGCGAACUCUCUAAUAAGUCCCACUGGGGAAAGGGUUUGUUCGAUCUGUUUGAAGCCUUGCCAAGGCCCAGCCACGCAACCCUGCGGACACAGCUUUUGCCCGUUGUGCUCCAACCGAUCCUGGGUGGAUGAACUAAAGGAGAAAGUCACCUGCCCUGGAUGCAGAGAAACCUUUCUGAGAAACAAGCCAAGCUCUUAUGAACCUCUUGGUAAAACGGCAGAGGCCGCCCGGCUGACCACAGUGGAUGAAACAAAACAGUCAGCUCAGAGUAUCUGUGAGAUACACAAGGAAAUAUUAAAUCUUUUCUGUGUUGAGGAUCAAGCCCCAAUUUGUUCAGUCUGCAGAAAAUCCUGGGAUCAUUCAUCACACACUGUGAUUCCCAGAUGGGAGGACAGUUUUCCAAGAUCAGAGCCUUCCAAUACUGGCAUUGUAGGAUACCCGGACACUGCACCUUGCGUCAAAGGAAACGGAGAGGUCCUUGGUGGGAAUGAGAAGGACAACACAGAUAAGCUCAUGCUGAUCGAGCCGCAGGUUGACUUCAACUUGGAGGAAAACAAGGAAGAAGAAACUCCAUCAAACUCUAGGGUCCAAAAUUCCAUUACAUGGAUCCUCCUGGUACUGUUCAUCAUCCAGAUUGUGGGCUUGGUGACAACCAUCUUCGUUUUCACAAAGGCUGAGCUACCAGCCCCUUGUUGCCCAUCUGGCUGGAUUGUGAACCAAGGGAACUGCUAUCAUGUCUUGCAACUGGAAGGGUCCUGGGAUGCCGGCCAGCGCCACUGUUCCUCGCUCGGUGCCUCCCUGGCUGUAGUUGCGGACUUGGAGAAACUGAAAGUCGCCAUGCAAGACAAAGGCCCCUUUGACCACUGGGUUGGCCUGCUCAGAGAACCGGGAGGAAGCUGGAAAUGGACCGAUGGGGCGGAUUUCAACAACCUUUUUGAAGUGGAAGGAGAUGGAGACUGUGCCUUCCUUAGCAAGGGGGUCCUGAACAGUGGAGACUGCUCUGCUGAGAAGAAGUGGCUGUGCAGCUGGAAAGCACAGACAAGAGCCGGAUCCUACAGCCCUGUUGGGGGACGUGAAACCUUAGCAGCAGACUUUGUGCCAAAGGACAUUUCCACGCUUUUACCGUGUUCCUAGCUGCCACUCCCUCUGUGUGUGUGUGUGCAGUGAUAAAUCAGUCACCAACCCAAGUGACCAAGCUCGCAUCCUAGAGGGUAGCCUCCCUUUGGGGAUUUGAGCACGCGAUCAACGCUUUCUCGUGGCGUCAAAGGUGAUGCAAGGAAACAUCCUAACGCAUUCUGUUCUUAGAAAUCUUCUUUUUUUCGUUCCUGGCAGUUGCAAUCUUAAGCAUAACUUUCUUGAGAGCCGGUCCCAUUGAAUUCACUGGGGUUUACUUCUGGGUAACUAGGCAGAGGAUUGUCCCUCUGUUUUAGUGCAGGCGCUCUCUAAUCAGUUUUAAGAAUGGCCUGUGAUGAUGAAGAUGACCGCCUCAGCUUUCCUUUUAGAUGAAAACAUGGGCAGGUUUGUGGGCCCCAGGACAGGUGAAAUUCUUCAGCAGAGCACAACCCAAAUCUCAGCCACUGAAAGGCUUAAACAGUGAAACAAGCGUCGAGAUCCACCAGUUCUAAAACCUUGCAGUUCUGAGAUCAGUCCGGAUGUAUUUCGGACCUGACACUCAGUCGCUGAAUGCCCAGGUUAGAAUUAACAGUUUUAUGGUUCUGUCAUGAGACAGAAUGUUGCGUAGUCAAAGUUUUCCAAGCAGAGAGUGGGGAAUGUUUUUGCCCUCACUCGUAUGGAAACGCUGGUUAGGAAACGAAGAUAUUUAUAUCGCUGUUGGAAGGGAAAUCAUUGUGACCUAUAUAGUAAGAGCAUUAAAGAAGACACAACCUGCUGUUCGUCGGUGCGGGGCAACCAGUGACAUAUCUCUGCGACAGCUUUAUUGCUCCGUAACCUUUGCUCUGGAAGAGGGAGCGUUUCCGAGAAGCAAUCCCUGCAUGGGCCCAUGCUGGCGGCCCAUGUUCGCUAUCAUAUUUACGCAUGUGGCGCAUAGCUGGAAUACUGCACAUAGAUCCAGUAUCCAUUGCGGAGGCUAGCAUGACAACACAGCCCUCUGCGAAGCUGUUUGCAGACUCAGCCCGGGAGGGCAGAGGUAAUAAAUGCAGCCCAACAAAUGUCA